GCUACUAUUCAUUCCAUCACAUUCACAUUCCAAAAGAAAACAACACUUUCUUUGUUCAAUUCUCUCCUAUUUCUUUUCCUACAUCUAAAAAAAUGAUCAGUUCCAAAAGUACAAGAAAUCUAGCACUCUUGUUGACUUCACUGCUCCUUUUUGUUGGUUAUGGAAGCUCAGAUUUGAACCAAGACAAGCAAGAAUGUGCUGACAAACUAGUUGGAUUAGCAACUUGUCUUCCAUAUGUGAGUGCUCAAUCAAAAACCCCAACAGUAGAUUGCUGCAGUGGCCUCAAAGAUGUUAUUGCAAAGAGCAAGAGAUGCCUCUGCCUCCUCAUCAAAUACCAUGAUGACCCCAAUCUUGGCCUCACCAUCAAUCUCACUCUUGCUCUCAAUUUGCCUACUGCUUGUCACACACCUGCUAAUAUUUCUGAAUGUGUUGACCUUUUGCAUUUGAAACCUAACUCUCCAGAAGCCAAGGUGUUUUCAGGGGUAGAAAAGGGCACCGGCAAAAACAGUACUGCACCAGUUCCCAGUGCUAGUACUGCAACUGGUAGUGCAGCCAAGGAAACAGGCACUGAGAGCAAGAGUGGUGCUGACUGGGGAAAGAAUUGGAUUGUUAAUGAUGUGAUAUGUGGGAUUUUACCUUUGGUUCUCAUAUACCAAUUCUUCUUCAUAGUAUUUUGAUCAAGAGUUUCAAGAAUUAUUGAAGAGUAGGAUAUAUUAUUGGCUAUUAUUAUUAUGUCUACUACGUUCUCAAGUUUUGCAAUUCUUAUAUUAUUUUAUUAUUGUUAUUAUUUUUAAAUUUACCCCAAAAAGAAAAAUGAUCAAGAAAUAUUGAAGUGUGUAUCUCGUACUGCUAAAUUAAUUGUUCUAGUUGUAGUUGGUGUUACUUA